AUGUCAAUAUUAACUUCUGAAACUUAUUAUUUGUGCUUAAGAAUGGAAGAUCGUGAUUCUGCUUUGGCUAUCAUUCAAAAAUUCAAUGGACAUCAACUUCCCGGGGCGGGCUUACCUUUGCAAGUUCGAUUUGCUGAUUCAUUGGCGCAAAAGAAGUUGAAAGGACAAACUGCCAAAAAACGGAUGUGGAGAGCACGCGAGUUUGCAUCUUUAGGCGGUCAAAUUAUGUCUCAAGUUCCUGUUACACCUGAGCAUAUGCUGGGAAUGGCCGCUCCUGGAUCACCACCAGGACCUGGUGCUUACCUUCAAUAUUUCCCAGAGGGAGUUCAACCUGCUGGUGCUUUUCCACCUGGUUCAAUCUCUCCAACAUUCGGUCCUCAAUAUGCUGCGGCAAGAUAUUUUCAACCGAUUUAUCCUGGACCGGUAUUACCACAACAACAUCAAGGAACAGAAGUGCAGCCUGCGGCUGCCGCUGUAGUAAUCUCAAAUCAGUCAGAUAUCACCAAUAAGGAUGUAUCUAACUCGGGAGGUAGUAAUGAUCCUACAGAAGAAUUGAGUGAAUUAGUUCAAAGCAAACUAAAUGUUGAUGGUGGCAGUGAUAAGGAUGGUUGUGCCGAAGUUGGCGAUAAACAAUAA